CCAUGCAGCAGCUGUGUCAGAAGGGAUGCCGCAACGACAUGCUCUUACCUGCGACCUUCAGAGUCUGAGAGUCGAGCCGAUGCUAGUACAACUCGGUCCUCUGUGGCGGAGGAUAGGCUGAUGCACUUGGAAGCCAUGGUCAAAGAAUUAAUGCAGAACCAAAGUACUGGUACCGUCCACCCAGGCAAUGUCACUGAUCAGGCAAAGCCCACGACACCACCGACACUGCCUCAUGACCCAGUCGACCUGACUGCACCCGAGCAACUCAGCAACGCUCGAUAUGUCGGCUCCACGCACUGGUCGGCUAUACUCGACGACAUCCAGGAAUUGAAGGUGGUUCUUGCUGGGCCAACCGACCUCCAAGAAGUGACUGCACCUAUUCCAUCUGCAACUUCUCUAGCCAGUGACGAUAUCAUAUUCGGAGGGUCGAGCAAUUUCUCCCUCCAGGAAAUCAUCGCCCAGCAUCUACCUCCCAAAGUCGAAACCGAUCGUGCACUGGCAGCUUAUUUUCGAGGGGAGACAUUCAUCGUUCCAUUCGUGCACGCAUUUCAAUUCCAGCGGCUGUAUCGAGAGUUCUGGACCGAUCCCACCAAGGUCAAUCCUCUCUGGCUGUCUUUACUGUUUUCCAUCUGUUACAUGUCUUCAUUAGUUGGAGGAGCCACCUGUGCCGAUCUUCCACUGCAGGGCGAUCUCAUCAAUCAGCGCUUUCGCUUGCAUACCGCUGCUGCGAAAUGCCUCAUUGUGGGCAGAUACCGGCGACCUCAGCCCUUUGCCAUUGAGGCACUUGCUCUGUAUGGGCACUGCAAGAACCUCGCAACUCUGGAUCCCUCACGUGAAGCCGGCACCAUUCUUGCCAUCGUCGUCCGCAUGGCGUAUGAGAUGGGUUACCACCGAGAUCCCGAUCAUUUCGGAUCGUUCACCAUUUUUGAAGCUGAAAUGCGCCGCCGGUUCUGGGCAGUUUGCAAGCAGUACGACACUAUGGUCUCUUUUCAGCUUGGUCUACCCAGCAGCAUUGUUGUGGAGAAUAGUGACACCAAACCGCCCAGAAAUCUCUUGGAUUCAGACUUCAACGAGUACACACAAGAACUCCCGCCAUCUCGAUCUGAAAACGAACCCACCAAGCUGCUGUGGUUCAUCGUCAAAGACAGAAUGCUUGCCAGCUUCAGCAAGGUGUCGAAAGAUGCUCUCUCGUUCAAUGAGAAAUCAGAGGCGGAGGUCUACCAACUCGAUCAAGAGAUACGUCAGGUCCAUGCCACUACUCCUGACAUACUCCGGACUCGUGCUCUAGGAGACUCACUUGCCGAUUCGCCCUUUCUCAUCAUGACCAGAUUGUACAUCGAGUUCAUUCACCUCAAAAGUGGCUUGGUUCUCCACCGUAAAUACAUGGUUCGUGGGAGUGUUUUCAGCACAGUGGCAUGCGUGGAGGCUGGGAAGAGCCUAGUCAGACAGUUUGUUGACAUGUACCACGAGCGUGCACCAGGCGGGCAGCUCCAUCUGGGGAGCUGGAUGCUCAAUAACUUUACCAUGAACGAUUUCCUUCUCGGGGUGAUGGUGCUCUGCCUCGUCGUUCAUCUUCGUCGCAGACGGGGGGGCGGGCAAAAUUUUCUUCCCUCGAACGGUGAGGCCGCUUCUGAGAAGGAGCUACUCUCCCUUCUCAAGCGCUCUCGCGAUAUAUGUGUUGAGAAAUCUCCCGCAAGCAGAGAUGCAUGGCGGGUUUCUCAUGCCAUUAGCCUCACCUUGGACUAUGCGAAGUCUUCGGACGGUGCUUCGACGGGUGGCAGCACGCUUCCACAGCCGCAUUCGCUGAAUACCUGGACUGAUACUUUCAACGCCGUGCACUCGACAGGAAGCGGCUUCCAGCCUACCGAUCCGACUUCUUUGGUUUUGCUUUCGGGAGACGAACAGAGCAAUCAAUAUGGCGACACAGGGAUUGGAACGCUUGAUUCCUUCAGUUUCAUGUUCAAUGGGCUUGACGGCGUCGAUUGGAUGACAUUUGACCCCCAGAUCUCGGGUCAUGAUGCUCCCAUCCUGUGACAUUUCAUUUUCGAAUCCAGCCAGAUGGGAAGUGGUGUUUCGAGGCCACGCAACAGCCAGCAUCUUUCGGCGCGACAUUCCACCCGGACGCCUAUAUUCUGGACAAGAAGAGACAACACGAUCUCAUGCAGAAUUACCUAGGUACGGUUCUCUACACACCUUAACGGCGAAGAUCUUGCAAUGGGCGGAUCUUUGUUGUACGUAGGCAGACAUCCCAUCCAUUCCUGCCGUUCCGAGACUUUACUAUUGCAGCAUCCUCAAUGCUCUACCAACGCGGACGAGCACGUCCGGAGUUGGUCACUAAGCCCGAAGCUGAGAUGUCGAACUUAGUGAUCACAAACCCCCCAAACCUGCAUGAACCAUGGACAGACUCAACCUAGACCGUCGGGCGUGUCUACGCCAUCUCUUCCAGACACAUUCCAGGCUUUCGCAGAGUUUCUCCAGAUCUGGUGUGCGUGGAUCACGCCUCCUCCAGAACAACGUAUCCCUAGCUCGGGCGUCCAUAUCAAUACCGCAAGAACUUCCUUCCCAUGAGAAACAGAUAUUGUCUUCAUCUCGACUCUUGAGGGUAUAAGAGAGUGGAAGUGCAAUAACGAGCACAGUUCCAGAUUUCUCCAAACAGUGGUGGUAGAGGCGGCCCUGGACUUCUCUUGC